AUGGAUGUUGAUACCAACGAAAAGAUAAUAAUGAUUGAUCUGUGUACACCAAAUGUUGACAUAAAAGAUGAAGUGAGUACGCCAGAUAGUGAAAAAAUGAUGAUAACGAAGAAACCGUUGAUCGAGCGAUUUCCAAAUCUUGGUAAUCGAUUACCUCUAUUACCUUGCUACCCAACAAAGGAUAAAUAUGCGCAUGGGGAUCCAUUGUUGCCGAACAUAUCACCACAACGAUUGACACGAACCGAAUUAGAACGGCGACACUUGGGCACAUUCAAAUCAGAAUUCGAUUUUAUAACCAACGGUUCGACGAUACCAUCGUUUCUAUAUGAGAAAUAUCAAAUGUUCUAUGUCGAUUUACUUGAACGUUUGAAAGUAGACAUGGCUGUAUUGGAUUAUAAUUAUUUACGAUUGAAUAACUAUAUGAAAUUGUUGAUGUUUGAACGCAUGCGUAUAUUCAAUAUUUCACUUGAUAAUAUUUCAAAAAUCGAUGAAAAAGAAUAUCCACUUGCAUUGGAAUUCUUUUUGCAAUUUGAUGUCAAUAUGUUCUACAUGAAAACGUGUUCACUUCGUUAUGCACGUCCUCGUACACUAAAUGAAGGUCUAUUUUGUUUACAAGAACCGGAAGCUCGUUAUGAAUUGUCAGCAUGUGGUAAUUGCGCAUUAUGUUAUCCUCAAUAUGAUAGGAGAUAUCGAGUGAAAAAAUCAAUUGUGGACUUUAGUCAAGCUCAUCAACAUACAUUUCUCAAUGGAUACCAUGCUAUUCUUAAUUGUUCAGCUUCAUGUCACACACGUAAUAUUAUCUAUGCAUUAACAUGUCCAUGUGGUAACGUUGAUUAUAUUGGUGAAACCAUGUAUAGUUUACAUGAUCGUCUCAUAAAACAUCGUGAACAUGGCAAUCGAGUUAUGGUGGAAUUUCUUAUUGGACAAGAAAACGUUGUACGUGAUUUACCAAGAGGAAAAUCAAAUGAAUUAUCAGCAAAAGAUCAUAUGAAACUUUACCAACAUUCGGUACGAUGUACAGUAGCUAUGCAAAUAUUUUUGGAUGCUAAUCAACAAUAUUGGCGAUUUGUACCGAUGACAAUAGAAGAAUCAGAACGACCAGAACAACGAUCUGUUCAAGGUAUUUCGUUUACUGACGAACUUACUUGGAAUCUACGACAAAUGGAAGAUUGCACCAAAUAUGUUGAAUCAGUUCCAAAACCAUCUACUGGUUAUAUAUUUUCCAAUCGACAAGUCGGAUUACAAUUGUCCUAUUUUAAUAAAAAACGAGAUAAAGAUUUACCGAAUCAAGAUAUUGAUUUAUAUAAUGCUACGAUUGUAGCUGUUUUACCAGAAACAUGUUCUGAAAUGCUUCGACUCACAGUUGAAUCAUUAUUUAUUACUCAUGCUGAAACAAAUCUCAAUACAAUUGGUAAUAUAUUGAAUAAGAAUUCAACUGGUAAUAAUCAUCCAAUCAAUAAUCCAUGGUUAAUUCGAGGUGAUGAAUGGUAUCAAGGACUAUUACGUCGACCUCAGCCGAAGAUUAAAACAUAA